GCUGAAAUGUUGCCCCAGAUGAGUUCCCGGAAAAAGAGAUUUUGCCCUAACACGGGCUCCUGCAUCCAAUCCGCCUUCUCAUUGGCUCGUGGGAAAGACCUCUUUUUGUGUCAUGCAUCUGGGCAAUGUUCUUGAGUCGCUCCGUGUGUGAUAAGAUUGCCCCGGGCUUUGUCCGUGCGUCGCAUUUUAUCCCUCGUCUAUUCGCUGUCCAGCAGUCGCGCAGUGAUCACAGGCACUCCGCGAAGAACAGGCCUGAUUGAGGAGAAAUGCGGUGCGCUUCGAAGCCCAAAACAUUCCUCUUGCAGCCCGUGGAGAGGUCUAAGUUGUACAAACGGCGCACGUUAUCAGGCGAUAGAUUACUCAAGAGUGACGUGUUAUCAGCGCCGGAAAAGCCCACAAAGUCAGUUCAAUCCGAGUUACAUGUGAAAAAGUUGGUGUGCCAUCGAAAUCCCUGCGGAAUUGAGCUCAAUCCCAAAAAUCCUGCCGCCACAGCCAUGCAAUCUGACCAGAGUGAGCCAAAGGGACAAGGCGUGAUGACCAUUGUUCGGAUUCCCGUUGACAUGUCCCUCGGCAGCAUGUACUGCUCCCGAUGCGAGGAGGGAUUUGAGCCGCACGAGAAGAUCGUGAACUCCAACGGCGAACUCUGGCACACUCAAUGUUUUGUCUGCGCCCAGUGCUUCAGGACGUUCCAGGAUGGCAUCUUUUACGAGUUCGAGGGCAGGAAGUACUGCGAGCGUGACUUCCACGUCCUCUUCGCGCCGUGCUGCAACAAGUGCGGUGAAUUCGUGAUCGGACGCGUGAUCAAGGCAAUGGCAGCUAAUUGGCAUCCGCAGUGCUUCCGAUGCGAGAUGUGCGCCAAGGAGUUGGCCGAUUGUGGCUUCAUCCGCAAUCAGAAUCGUGCUCUCUGUCACGAGUGCAAUGCCAAAGUGAAGGCAGUGGGACUCGGAAAGUACAUGUGCAACAAGUGCCAUGGUGUCAUUGACGAUCAGCCGCUACGCUUCCGUGGUGAAGUCUAUCACGGCUAUCACUUCAACUGCACGGCGUGCAAUGUGGAAUUGGACUCAACUGCGCGUGAGGUGAAGAGUCGCCCGGGCUUUGCGGCCAACGACAUGAAUGAGCUCUACUGCUUGCGUUGCCACGACAAGAUGGGUAUUCCCAUCUGUGGCGCCUGUCGUCGCCCCAUUGAGGAGCGCGUGGUCACGGCUCUGGGGAAGCACUGGCACGUGGAGCACUUCGUCUGCGCCAAGUGCGAGAAGCCCUUCUUAGGCCACCGUCACUACGAGAAGCGCGGUCUGGCGUACUGCGAGAUGCACUACCAUCAGCUCUUCGGGAAUCUGUGCUUCGUGUGCAAUCAAGUGAUUGCCGGAGACGUCUUCACGGCACUCAAUAAGGCGUGGUGCGUCCAUCACUUCUCCUGUUCCGUCUGUGACGUGAAGAUGACGCAGAAGUCAAAGUUCUACGAGUACGACGAGAAGCCCGUGUGCAAGAAGUGCUAUGAGAAGUUCCCCACUGAGUUGAGACGUCGUCUCAGAAUCUCCCAUGAGAAUACCAUGAAGAAGGGUGACUAAGUGGGAAAAUUUGUGGUAAUAAUGCGUGGUAAAGUGUCCUUAAUCAUAUUAACAUUGCGCCUUUUUAGACGGUAAACAACGAUUUUUAACAACUAGUCUCGCGAUUAAGAGAGAAAAUAAACGAAUAAAGCCAAAAUUUGACCAUUGCUUUGUGCCACAGAAAAACAAAAUACAUAUUUUAUAAACAUAUUCAAUGAUAUUUUCUCACAUUUUUAACACAACGGUAUUUUUAAAAUGUUUAACAAGAUUUUGUCAAGAUUUAUUUUUUAAUUUAUUAAGAAGAGAAAUAAUUUUGUAGUGUAGGAUUAAUUUUUAAUCAAUUUCACUGUCCAAACAGAACAUCUAAAAUGAGAGUUUUGUAAAUUCUAAUAAUUUUUAUUGUACCUAAAUAAAGCAUAAAGUAACUGACAA